AUGGAAAAAAAUAUAUAUUAAUCUCACUUACUAUAUAAUUCAUUACCUCCUUAAUCUGCAGAAAAAUGUGUAUAAUUAAAGAAUAAAAUAUUUAGAGAGCGCUAAUUAAACUGUAAUUACUUUUUGAGAUUUUUUUGGGUCAGAGUCAAAGGUCGCCGCCAUCUCUCUCUGUGUAUAUAAGCUAUGUUCAUCUUCUUCACUCAACAACCAUUCUCUCUUCUCUUCUUUAUCUCAAACUCUUUCUUCUUCCAAAUCAUAAACCAUGGCAACAUGCAUAGACACAUGCCGAACCGGUAAUACCCAAGACGAUGAUUCCCGGUUCUGUUGCAUCAAGAAUUUCUUUCGACCCGGUUUCUCUGUAAACCGGAAGAUUCACCACACCCAAAUCGAAGAUGACGAUGAUGUCUGGAUCAAGAUGCUUGAAGAAGCCAAAUCCGAUGUUAAACAAGAACCCAUUUUAUCAAACUACUACUACGCUUCGAUCACAUCUCAUCGAUCUUUAGAGUCUGCUUUAGCUCACAUCCUCUCCGUAAAGCUCAGCAAUUUAAACCUACCAAGCAACACACUCUUCGAACUGUUCAUAAGCGUUUUAGAAGAAAGCCCUGAGAUCAUCGAAUCCACGAAGCAAGAUCUUAUAGCAGUCAAAGAAAGAGACCCAGCUUGUAUAAGCUACGUUCAUUGCUUCUUGGGCUUCAAAGGCUUCCUCGCUUGUCAAGCUCAUCGAAUAGCUCAUACCCUCUGGAAACAGAACAGAAAAAUCGUAGCUUUAUUGAUCCAAAACAGAGUAUCAGAAUCUUUCGCCGUCGAUAUUCAUCCCGGAGCGAAGAUCGGAAAAGGGAUUCUUUUAGACCAUGCGACGGGCGUGGUGAUCGGAGAGACGGCGGUGGUUGGAGACAAUGUUUCGAUUCUACACGGAGUGACCUUGGGAGGAACAGGGAAACAGAGUGGUGAUCGGCAUCCGAAGAUUGGUGAUGGUGUGUUGAUUGGAGCUGGGAGUUGUAUAUUGGGGAAUAUAACAAUCGGUGAGGGAGCUAAGAUUGGAUCAGGGUCGGUGGUGGUUAAGGAUGUGCCGGCGCGUACGACGGCGGUUGGAAAUCCGGCGAGGUUGAUUGGUGGGAAAGAGAAUCCGAGAAAACAUGAUAAGAUUCCUUGUCUGACUAUGGACCAGACAUCGUAUUUAACCGAGUGGUCUGAUUAUGUGAUUUAACACAAAUGUGUAUUUCUUUCUUUCUUGUAACUGAUGAUGAUGAAACAAGUCUUGUCUAUUUCUUAAUAUUUUACUAUGUACUAAUCAAACAAGUCUUGAAAUCAAGCUCAUCGAUCUUUAAGAAGAAACUAGAGAUUAGUUUAUCUCGAGGCGAAUCAAGAAUGUGUACACUUUUAUGGAUUAAUAUAUUUGUUAAUAACAUGGAUUGUGAAUUGGGCCUUAAAGUGGACUGUUAAAUGGGCC